AUGGCUCCCUCCUAUCGUUCGGAGAUUCUUGAGCUUAUCAAUUUAACUUCCUCCCCACCUCCAUCACCACCCCCAGCUUCUCAGUCUUCUUCUAGUGCUACAUAUCCACCAAUUCCUCCACCAAUUGAACCAGUCACACAGUAUACACAAUCUGCACAGUAUACACAAUCCUCCCAGUACCCACGGAAUCAAUCUUCUCACGCUCUUACUAGCGUCUCCGGGGUAACUAGCGAAAUCCGCACACAGCGAAUUCAGGGUGGUCUAUUUAGUCAGCAGCGGACUGGAACCUUUCCAAAUACCAAUACAAAAAAGUCCUUAGUACAGAAGUCCUCGCAGAAUUACCUAGUCAGCAAAGGUCAAAUCUUCGUGGAGAUUACAUUCUAUAUCUGGCACUGCGAGGAUAUUACAUCGAAGUAUCUCGAAGAGUUACACUCAGCUUCGCAUGUAUUAACGCCAUAUACAAUUUCAACUCUCGAAGAAUUCAUCGCAAAGGACCUCCUUCCUGCCCUCGACCUUACUAUUUGCUCAUUCGAGAGGCAACAGAGCGACCAGGUUAGGCUUGCGACUUCAAUUAAGAAGCAUAAGCCGAUAUUCCUUACCUAUGAUAAUACUAGCCGCCAGGCCAGUGAAGAUAUCAUGGAGCGCUUUCCAUUAAGCGGCAAUCAGCGCCAAAUCAACGUUAUCUUUGUGAGAUCUGACCAAAAUGUGAAGGCAGAGCAAGAGAUUAAGCCUUCUAAGAUUUGCAAUCGCAAGCCUCGGCGACCAAGGGUUCACCGAGUGCAAAUCAAGAAAGAAUUAGAGGAUCCUCAGCCAGAGGAUGACGAUUCAGACCUUUGGCCUGAGCUUCUUUCGCCAUCGGAGCUCUUUGGCCCAAGGCAAGAGGAUAACCAGGAGGAUAACCAGGAGGUUAUCCAGGAAGUCAGCCAGGAGAUUAACCAGGAGAUUAGCCAAGAGGUUGCCCCGGAGGUUGCCCCGGAGGUUGCCCAGGAGGCUAUACGUCCUCGCCGCCGCCAGCGGGCUACCUCGAGUACUAAUUCAAUCGUUUCGCCGCCUAGGACCCGAAAGCGAUAUCGAUUAAAAUCGCAAGAUCACGAGCGCAUGCAGGCGUCAGGGCCCAUCGCCCCAUCUUGGUCACGGUCGCAGGAUUGA